AUGAUUCCACGUCAAUCAAGAAAAAUAUCUUUUUAUGAUGAAUAUGUUCAAACAAUACCAGUAGAAAUUCAUCAAGGGAUUCUAAUCAUUAACCACAUACUUGUAUUUAUGAUUUUUGUGAUUUUUAUUAGCUAUGAUUUUAAAGCGGAUGACAUAUUAAAUAAGCAAAACUAUCUUAAAAACAAUACAGAUCUAUAUGGAAAAUAUGGCUACGAUCA